AUGCAAGAUUACGAUGAAGCGACUGCUUUCCUGGGAGAAUGGGGGCAUUACCAGAAAAUUAUUUUCCUUUUGCUCAGCAUCAGUGUAAUCCCAAAUGGCUAUGUGGGUCUGUCCAUGGUGUUUCUGGCGGAUACCCCUGAGCACCACUGCCGUCUGUCCAACUCUUCGAAUGUGACCAUUGAGGAAACCUCCUUCACAAAUCUGAGUUUACUGCUGCCCUUAGAGGGAGUGGGUGGUGAGCAAAAGUACAGUAAAUGCACCAGGUUCAAAACUCAGCUACAAGAUGGUGUCAAUGAUACAACACGUGAGAUAGAGCACUGUGUGGAUGGUUGGGUGUAUAGCAAAGACAGAUACGUUUCUACUAUUGUCAGUGAGUGGGACCUAGUUUGUGAGAACAAUUGGAAAGGUCCCUUUACCAUGUCAGUGAUUUUUCUGGGGAUGACAAGUGGCGCGUUCAUCUCCGGACACAUUUCAGACAGGUAUGGGAGAAAAAUCGUUCUCUUUGGAGCUAUGACAAUGCAAACAAUCUUAAGCUUCAUUCAAGUGAUCGCUUGGAGUUGGGAAGUGUUCUGCAUACUGUGCUUUUUUAUUGGCUUUGGAGAUAUCUCAAAUUAUGUGGCUGCAUUUGUUCUAGGAACUGAACUCCUUGGCAAAACUGAAAGGACUGCUUACUCAACCCUUGGUGUCUGCAUGUUUUAUGCUAUAGGCUAUAUAAUUCUGCCAAUCUUUGCAUAUUAUAUUCGAAAUUGGAGGAUAUUAUUACUUGCUUUGACCAUCCCAGAGAUUCUGUAUAUUCCUUUUUGGUGGCUUAUACCUGAGUCUCCCAGAUGGCUGAUCGCUCAAGGUCGAGUGACUGAGGCAGAGAAAAUAGUGCAAGGCUUUGCUAAAAGAAAUGGCAUCACCCACGUUGGGGUGAUAUUUCAGCAUGUUGACACCAGAGAAUAUACGCUUCUGAAUUCCACAGUUGGGCAAAACCAACCACACAGCUUCUUAGAUUUGGUUAGAACUUCAAAUAUACGGAAUAUCACAAUUCUAUCUUUCCUUGUGUGGAUGAUUACUUCCAUUGGGUACUUUGUUUUAACCCUGGGCACUCCCAAUAUGCACGGUGACCCUUACCUCAACUGCUUAAUUUCUGCAAUCAGUGAAAUUGUGGCAUAUGCAAUGGCAUGGUGGAUGCUGAACCAUGCACCUCGACGAAUUUCAACCGCUUCCAUGCUGAUUCUUGGUGGCGUUAUUCUGCUCUUCAUUCAAUUUAUUCCUCCAUCUCUCCAUAUUCUGACAACAGUGUUGGUGAUGAUUGGAAAAGCAGGCAUUACAAUAUCCUUUGCCAUAAUCUAUGUUUUCUCUGCUGAGCUAUAUCCGACAGUGGUGAGGAACAUGGGGAUUGGAAUAUGUUCCAUGGCAUCCAGAGUUGGCAGCAUAAUCUCCCCAUACUUUGUUUAUCUUGGAAGAUAUAACAGGAUGUUGCCUUUCAUGCUAAUGGGCAGUUUCAUUUUACUGGCUGGAAGUUUCUGUUUACUCCUACCUGAAACACGUGACCAACCCCUUCCCGAAAAUGUGCGGCAGGUCCGGCCAAUCAGAUGUCUCCUCUGCCCUAUUGCUCCACAUCAUUCUGAACCUAAUACCUCUAAGACAUGCACUCAUCAGGAGGUGCAAGUUCAGAACAGCAGUAUUUUCUUCAUGCCUUGCUCCACAAGUGGACCAAGCUACGGGGUUACAUUACCUGCUACCCAUCAUGUGCAAAGUUAAAAGAAAAGAAUACCAAUCUGCUAGCGUGCGGUUGCAGAAACCAUUCUGAGGAUGUUAUCUUUCUUGAAGAGCCUAUUUUAAACUAAGAAAUGUAGUUCAAAGAAAAAACUUAUAAACUAUAUAGAAAAGAAAGACUUGCAUUUAUUUAAUGCUUUUCAUGACCGUGAAUGUCUGAAAACAUUUUGCAUCCAAUGAAAUAUUUUGAAGU